AUGUGCUAACAGAGGAUGGAACAGAAGAAUGGCAGUUCUUUCAUGGGGUUUAUCCUGCUAGGGUUCUCUGACCGGCCUCAACUGGAGCUAGUACUCUUUGUGGUUCUCCUGAUCUUCUACCUGUUCACUCUGCUGGGAAACACCACCAUCAUUGCCUUGUCCCACCUCGACCCACAUCUUCAGACUCCCAUGUACUUUUUCCUCUCCAACCUAAGCUUCCUGGACCUGUGUUACACGACCAGCACUGUCCCGCAGCUCCUGGUUCAUCUCAGGACAGCAGACAAGUCUAUCUCGUUUGGUGGCUGUGUGGCUCAGCUCUUCAUCUCUCUAGGGCUGGGAUGCACGGAAUGCAUUCUGUUAGGGGUCAUGGCGUUUGACCGCUAUGCAGCCAUCUGCAAGCCCCUGCAGUACACUGUGAUCAUGCACCCCCGUCUCUGUGCCCUCAUGGCUUCUGCAUCAUGGUUCUUUGGUUUUGGCAACUCCUUAUUGCAGACAGUGCUCAUCUUCCUUUUGCCACUUUGUGGGAGAAAUAAAAUAGACCAUUUCCUUUGUGAGAUUCCUGCACUGCUCAAGCUUGCCUAUGUAGACACUACUGUGAAUGAGUCUGAGCUCUUCUUUGCCAGUGUGAUCAUUCUCCUCAUACCUGUGGCAUUAAUCAUCUUCUCCUAUGGUCAGAUCGUCAGGGCGGUCUUAAGAAUAAAGUCAUCUGCAGGGCAGAGGAAAGCGUUUGGCACAUGUGGGUCCCACAUCACAGUGGUCUCCCUGUUCUAUGGCACGGCCAUCUAUGCUUACCUCCAGCCCAGCAACAACUACUCCCAGGAUCAGGGCAAGUUAACUUCUCUCUUCUACACGAUCGUCACGCCCAUGGUCAACCCCGUCAUAUAUACACUGCGGAACAAGGAUGUGACGGGAGCAAUGAAGAAAGUGCUUUGCAGGGGCCAUGAUUCCAGAUGA